CCCCCCCCGUUUCUCUCCUCACCCCCCCCCCACUGCCUCGCUUGGCCGUUAAGGAAAGGCGAACGGCGCCUUCUGGGCCUCAGCGGCGCCUCCUUUCCUUUCCUCUCCCCUCCUCUCCCCCUUCUUCCUUCCUUCCUUCCUUUUCUCCUCUUCCCCCGAAAUGCCCCCCAAGAAACAGCCCGCCCCGGCCGCCGCGGCGGGGGGCAAUAAAAAGGCGGAUCAGAAGAAGAAGGAGAAGAUAAUCGAGGACAAAACGUUUGGCUUAAAGAAUAAGAAAGGAGCAAAGCAGCAAAAGUUUAUCAAGGCUGUGACCCACCAAGUUAAAUUUGGUCAGCAAAACCCACGGCAGGCUGUUCAAACAGAUGGUGACAAGAAAUUAAAGAAAGAUGAUAAGAAGAAAGAAUUACAAGAGCUGAAUGAGCUUUUCAAACCUGUGGUUGCUGCACAGAAAAUCAGUAAAGGUGCAGAUCCAAAAUCAGUAGUCUGUGCUUUCUUUAAGCAAGGGCAAUGCACGAAAGGAGACAAGUGCAAAUUUUCUCAUGACUUGACUUUGGAGAGAAAGUGUGAAAAGAGAAGCGUUUAUAUUGAUGCAAGAGAUGAAGAUCUUGAAAAAGACACAAUGGAUAACUGGGAUGAAAAGAAACUGGAGGAGGUAGUGAACAAGAAGCAUGGUGAGGCUGAAAAGAAAAAACCCAAAACGCAAAUAGUCUGCAAGUAUUUCCUUGAUGCUAUUGAAAACAAUAAAUAUGGAUGGUUUUGGGUCUGCCCUGGUGGAGGAGACAACUGUAUGUACCGCCACGCACUUCCUCCUGGCUUCGUUCUCAAAAAGGACAAAAAAAAGGAAGAAAAAGAAGAAGAAAUUUCUUUAGAAGAUCUAAUAGAAAAAGAGCGAGCUGCCUUAGGACCAAACGUUACUAAAAUUACUUUAGAGUCUUUUCUUGCAUGGAAAAAAAGGAAAAGACAAGAAAAGAUUGAUAAGGCAGAGCAAGAUAUGGAAAGAAGGAAAGCAGACUUUAAGGCUGGCAAAGCAUUGGUGAUCAGUGGGCGUGAAGUGUUUGAGUUCCGGCCAGAACUGGUUGAUGCGGAUGAUGAAGAAGCAGAUGACACUCGUUAUAUUCAAGGAACGUGCGAAGAAGAUGAGGUUGAUGAACUUGUGCGUGUAAAUGAUGUGGACUUGAACCUGUACGUUCCAAAAGACGUGGAUGAGACUGGAAUCACUGUAGCUAGUAUGGAACGAUUUAGCACAUACGCUUCAGCUGAAAAAGAUGAUAACAAGCUGAGUGAAGCUUCAGGAGGCAGACUAGAAAAUGGAGAGCAAAGUGAUUUGGAAGCUGACAGUGACAUGGAAGGCACCCAGGAAAAUGGAGAAAUCGAUGCAGUACCAGUUGAUGAAAAUCUUUUUACUGGUGAGGACUUGGAAGAACUAGAAGAAGAACUAAAUACGCUUGAUUUAGAGGAAUGAACAAGCAGAUUCAAAUGUGAAUUUAAAUCUAUUUGACAAAGUGAAUACUGGCUCCAUCUGUUUUAUCUAGAAUUCUUAAAUGGAGUGUUCGUGGUUCUUCAUGUGAUUCUGGAAAGAGCAUUCAGCAGAAAUAUUCCUCUCCCCCCCGCCCAUUUUUUUCCUGAUUCAGUCUUAACCAGCUUCAUAAUAAGCCACCCAGAUAGUACACUGAGAGGACAUACAAUGACAUUGUAAAGAAAUUCCAGCCAGAAGUAGAAAUUCUAACUACUUUUCCAGGAUGUGUGAAGGAAAAUGUUGUUAUCAGGUCCGUGAGAAAGUCUAAGUGAAAUCCUUCAGCAUUUGAGAUAUAUUCGACUGAUUUAACGUUUAGCUCAGUGUGGUAAAAUCGAAGUGAUAACUGAUUGAACUGGGUAUGGUCUUUCAAGUGCUGAAAUUGGUCAAAACAAACAGAUGCUCAAAGUAGAGAUCAAUAAAGUGAAAUUCAACUAUGGGGCCCUGCUUCUAAACUUUACACUUAACAUACAAAGGUGUAAAUAAAGACUAUCUGAUUGAAAAACA